AUGAUCACCAAGUUCAUGACCGAAAUCACCGCGCGCUUCAACCCGUUUUCCGCAUGCGCCAAGCCCGCCCGGCUGUUCCUGACCCUGCUGCCGCCCAACGCCCGGACGACCGGGACGACCAUCAGCACGACGCUGCUGCCACGCACGUCGACGGAGCCGAGCUCAAUUGCCGUCAAGUUUAAGGACGGCAAGGAACUCACUUUCAACACCAGCAAAAUCACAAUCAAGGGCCUGGUCGAGGAAAUGGACCGACACUCACGGAAGCUGCAGAAAAAGGCCGAUCUCACAGAUUAA